UCCGACGCUGUUCUCUGUUGUCCCUUUCACUGCAAGUCGGUUGCGUGGGAGGCUCGUUCAGGACUUCGUAGCAAUUUCAACGAGGACUAGUCUUCGUAGUUCAGUCGCCACUCAAGUAUCACGCGCGAGUGAUCGUUCAUCAAGCCACGAGUUUAACGCUAACGGAAUGCAAUAUCUGAAAACGUGUUUUCUCAAAGUUGACUGCAUCGAAAAUAAUUCUUGGUCUACAGAACUGUAUCAAACGUGAUCGAUGUACUACCGCCAGUGCGCACUGCUUAGACAAACUCGCCAUUGAGAUCAAGACUUGUACAAGACAGGAAAUGCGACGAAUGCUUUACAAACAGUUUGGAUGAACAAUUUGUGCUGCGAUAUUGUGAUGGACGCUUGUAAAAGUGUAAACUGUUUAAUGGUGUGAACAAAAGACAUAAUGGACAGUGUGAACUGCAUGAAUUGAAUUUAUCUCGAACAAAUGUUUCGAACAUACUGUACCUGAUGUAAUUCACUCUGUUGAUCGGAUCCAUCGAAUUAAAUGUUGUUGAUGCAGUCAAGUGUACUUACUUGCAACUUAAGAAGACAAUGACGGAGAACGUGUACGUUAUCAAAGUGAAGACCAAACCGCCGUUGUCGUCUUUAUAUCCAUCGGAGCGUCGUUACUCAGCAUCGACGGUCGGCGGCCUGUCCUUGGUCCACUUUGGCCUCGGAGCGCUGUCCCUGCUUCUGGGUAUCCUCGCCUUGUCCUUACAGGGCCCGAUUUUAUCCGUUGCGUGUCUGGUGCCGUUCGUGACAGGUCUCCUCGCUUGGCGACGUUGGUACAUCGACCGGAACAUCACCAUUUUUUUCUACGGUAGUCUCUUUUCUCUGGUGGCCGCCACCCUCUGCUUCAUCGUCACGAUCUUUGACGUUGCGGCAGCUUCCAAUAGCACUAAUGGAUCCCUGUGGCCGUUGGAAAAAAUCCUCGAAGCUCCACGCUAUUCCCUGCGUCCCGCCAAGGAUUUCGCAAACGACACUCACGUAGAUGAUAUUACGUCGACCGAGGAUUCAUUCAACGUCACUGAAGAUCAUGGAUCUGCGAAGAUUAAUGACUCUAAUAAAUUACCUGUUACUUUAAAAUCCCUCAGCGCCGCGUUCAACGAAUCAGACUUCCGUGUCGAUACCAAAAAUGACGACGAUCUCACGAUGACGGAAGCGUCGUUUAUGUUUGAAGAAAGGAUGAUGAUAUCGAGAGAAAUUUUCCAGAAUAAAGAUACGACGAACGUAACGCAAGGAUUUAUGAAUUUAACAAGGGAAAAGACGAAGACCUUCUGGCACAGCCAUAGAGAUUCGUCGCACGCCAGAAUGCUGCUCACCUUAAACGUCCUGAUGGCAUCUCUUCUGGAGAUCUUCUGGUCGCUGCUCAGCGCAAAGAUCGCGUUCUGCGGAAUGAUAAACCGACUGCCGGAGAACAGUAAUGUCGUCGCCGAAUCGAAGACGACGAGGUUGCCGCUGCAAAAGAGAAAAGCCCCAGCACCUAAGCCGGACAUAUUGGAUCACGAUCACCGGUUGUCGGAAGCGCUUCAGAAUUUGCAAGGUCUCACUGGUGUCGGACCGCGGCUACCCCUGCCGGAAUCCAGCAGAGAAUUUCGAGAAAGAGUCGAAAGAUUCUUGGCAAAUCAAGCAACGCAUAGAGUUGUCGAAGGUGCCUGAAAAGCUAACGAUUCCAAAAUAAAUUGUAAUUUCGAUAGAUUUUUUAUUAUUUACAAAAUUUCCUAUCAUUAUCAAUCUCUCUUUCACAAAAUAUUAAUGUAAUUUAUUACUUUAGAAUC